UAUACAGUGCUUUUAAUAAAGCAAACAAACCAUGUUAAAAAAAACAAAAUAAUAAAUUAAGUUAAAAACAUGGCAAUGUUAUCGUUAUAGUUUAUUGAUAUCAUGAAAAAAUAUAAGAAAAUCAAAGUCUGAUGCGCUACAUUAUAAUGUCUCGUCGUACGAUAUUCUUGUUCGCGGCGGCUGUCGUCAUGCUGUAUUUCUCAAUAAUCUUGUUUAUGUUGAGUCCUCUACACGGUACGAAAAGUGCCUAUUACGGCAACAACUAUAUGAACCAUUUCGGCUUUCGACAAAUACCCAGCGUUAACUGGUGUCAUGAGUUGCGUUGGCAGUCGCCGCCUUCACCGCACGUUGUUGCCCUGGCCUCCUACCCAGGAAGCGGCAAUACAUGGUUCAGAUAUCUUCUACAGCAGGCCACAGUGAUUAUUUUAGGUAUAGUCACGGGCUCUGUGUACAUGGAUUAUGGACUUCGAGUCCAUGGGUUCCCAGCUGAGAAUGUGACAGAUGGUUCAGUGCUGGUAGUUAAAACUCAUGAAGCUCCACCUGCUCAUUCUGACAAGUUUAAAUCUGCAAUAUUACUGAUAAGAAACCCAAGAGAUGCGAUAUUGGCGGAUUUUAACAGACUUCACAAGGGUCACAUCGGCACUGCUCCUAAGUCGGCAUUCAAACGAAUAUCGCACGACAAAAAAACCGAGUGGUGGUGGCACGUGCGCCGCGAGGUGGUGUCGUGGGAGGCGCUGCACAGGGCCUGGCUGGCGGGGUUCCGCGGCGCGCUGCUGGUGCUGCGCUACGAGCAGCUGGCGGAGGACCCCGGGCCGCCGCUGCAGGCCGCGCUGGCCUUCCUCAACCGCACCGUCCCGCAGGAAAGCUUGGAGUGCGCGCUGGCGAACAAGGAGGGCAUUUAUCGACGCCGAAACAAGCAUCAGAACUUCGAUCCCUUCACUCCGCAGAUGUACGAGCUGCUGGACGCGGCGCAGGCCAGGGUCGCGGGGCUGGUGGCGCGCCGCACGCGUGACGUCACCACGCGCCCACCCACCCGGGCUUAACGCCCCGCCACCCCCGGCGACCCCCCGCCACCCCCCGCACUACGGCACUCGCGGUGUAAGAGUAAUCAGGUUGUGUCGUCCCAAGGAAAAAUAUAAUUAGUACAAAAAAAGAAUUUUCUAAUUAUCACUUUAGGAUUCGUUAAUGACUAGAUUUUUAUAUGACGUUUUUAGAAAUAGCCUGCAUUUGUAGUACUUUCAACUUAAAACCCCGUACUUAAGAUUUUGUAUUGCCAACUGAAAGAAAUCUGGGAUUGCCAAUGUAAAGAAAUCUUUUGACGACUUAAUGUCGAUCUCUUUUGGAUCUGAAGUACUUAAUUCGUUCUUAACUUUGUUGUAGUGUGCUGUAAGUUUAAUUGCCACAACCGAUCAAUGGCCUAAAUAAUAUAAAAAAUACAAAUGAGUUUAGAUGAAUUGUUUAUUUAGUAAAUACAAAUAUCCAAUGGCGACACUUCAUCAAACAUCAUCCCUGUCUUGUUGUAUUUAAGUUUAGUGUAUUUUAAUGUAAUAAUUAAUAUAUUUUAUUUAGCAAGCAUUCCGAAGA